AUGUUCCAUUACGAAAUUUUUGUGAUUUUAUUCAUUUGUUCAAAUUUACAUCUCAAUUUAGUCUGCAACGCUGGAUGUUUUGUGAGACGUUUGAACUGCAAGCAGAAAGAUGAGUGCUGUUGCGACGAGCCAUCGAUGCAAACUACAUUCAACGACGUGCCAUCCAGCAGAGCGUUUAUUUCAUGUUCCUGGACCUGCUCCAACAACAGUCACUGUCUGGCAUUCAAUUUCAAUCAGAAUUUCACAACUUGCUCCCUUUUUUCCGACGCGCCACUCAGCUGUUUUCGCAAGAUUGAUGGCUGCCACCACAUGUACAACAGCGACGUGUACUCUCUCAACUUCACCGUAACUGCAGACAACAAAGUUAUAUCUCUGUAUUUCGACGGAGUUGCACAGAAACUAAAGCCAAACUGGGACAACUAUAAAUUGUAUGAUUCUUACUUCACUCAUUUCAACGUCAAUGUAAUUGCCAUUCAAGCCAAAAACGGAAAUGGAUCAAAAUACAUUGUGGCAUUCAGUGACGAUGGAUACAUUCAAACGAACACAACAUGGAAAUGUUCUCCAUCAACUCCAGUACUGGAUUCAAACAACAACAGCUGGUAUGAUGUGCAUUAUGACGAUUCAAGCUGGUCUCCCGCCAUCCAGCAAUUUACAGCAGUAAAUUUUGUGGGAGCGAUGAAGAUAUGGUCCAAUGAUUCCAUUAAUGCAUACUGUCGAAAAAAAUUAUGCAUCUAUUGA